CUGUCCUUUCUUUAUUCCUCAUCUGACCACCACAUAUCACUUUGUUCUUUUCUAUUCCUGCUUGGUUCGUCUACACGAGUGUGUGUAAACAUGUCGGAUUUAGAGCACUGCCUCGACACCAUCAUCCAUGUCUUCCAGAAAUACUCUGAGAAAGAAGGAGAUAAACACACACUGAAGAAAAGUGAGCUGAGGGAACUGCUUACACAUGAACUGCCAUCACUCACCCAGAAUAUAAAAGACCCGUCCUCGUUUGAUUCUCUGAUGGAGAGCCUCGAUGCUGAUGGAGACGCCGAGGUCGACUUUCAGGAGUUUAUGACCUUUGUCGCCAUGGUGACCAUAUGCUGCAAUGAGUUCUUCGAACAUCACGAGGAUGAAUGAGAUGAAACAGGAGAUGAUAAAGAAUCAAAGGAUUUCACUGGUUUAGUCUAUAUGGAUGUAAGAUUAAAUGUAAAUGUAGUCUUGUAGAUGUGCAUUUAUAACUUCUCUUUAUUACAAUUAAUAUUAUUUGUAGUGGUAAAUGAUUGAUAGAAUGUGGCUGGUUUAUCUUACCAGACUAUAUUUUACAGACUAACUGGUUUUGACUCACUUUAUCUGGUUUAUCUGAUUUAAUUAAUCUAAAAAAAUCUAACUGAUUUUGACUCAUGUUGGCUUGUUAACUGGGUUUCUCUUGACUGUGUCUGUUUAGUUGGACAGGUUUUAACCGAACUUUACUAAGUGGUUUUGACUGACUUGUUUUUAAUCAAGGCUGUAAUCACAAUAUAUAUUGAUUAGGAUUUACUGGGUCCCAACUUUAUUGUGUUACUGGUUAUAUGCUGUGUUUUAGUUUGAAAUGUAAAUCAGUAAAGACUUCAAUGAUAGCUGCUAAAAGUAAAUUUAAAGCCUUUGACAAAUCAACCAUUUAUUUAGAGCAACCAAAGUAGAAUACUUCAUUUUGAUGGGCCAAUCAAGGCAUUGUGGAGUUGUGUUACUGUAUUUCUAAAUUUGUGUAACAAGAAAUUGUUUAUGUGUCUACGUAUUCACCAAGUUACUGUUCACCUUGUCGUUAUUUACCAUCAUUGGAAAUGUAAGUGGGGAAUUAUUGUACUUUCAAGCUUGUAACCAAUAAUAAAAUUAUUUCAAAUUACA